AUGUGUCCAAAUAUAAAUCAAACAAAACAGAAUCCAUCACCUGAAUUAGAUGCCAAGAUUCUCUUGUCACCAAGGAAUUCAUCUACAUUAUUGUUAACGGUAUUGGUGAAAAUCAUCAAUAAAGACAGAUCUUUAAUUAUCCGAGGAUUAUUCGAUACCGGUGCUCAAAGAUCUUUCAUAAAAAAGGAUAUUGUGGAUAAACUAGGAUUGGAACCAGUAGAUCAAGAAAUGUUAAGUCAUGGACUUUUUAGGGGCAGUGAAACUAAACAAAAGUCCCAUAAUGUGUAUAACAUUACAUUGCAAAGCUUGUGUUCAAAUUUCAGGCGCAACAUUUCCGUUUUAGAUGAAAAGAAAAUAUGUGGUGCUAUUCCUCGUGUAAGUAAUCCUGACAUUUUUCCCAUUUUGAAGAGAAAAAAUAUAGAAUUAAGUGAUACAGGGGAAGACACUCCUGAAAUAGAUUUAUUAAUAGGAGCAGAUUACCUUGGUGUAUUGCUGACGGGAUCAAUUGAACACAUUGAUAAAAAUUUAGUAGCCAUAAAAACAAAACUCGGAUGGACACUUCAAGAUAAACAAACGAAACAAUCAAAAUCUUUGGAGAAUAUUAUUUAUGUUGACAAUUUAGAUUUGACGGAAUUAUGGAGUCUAGAUGCCAUCGGUAUACGAGAUCCUUUAGAAAUUAAAUCAAGGCAAGUAGCCGAUGAAGAAACAGUUGAAUUUUUCCGUAAAACUAUUAAGAGAACUGAAGACAAGAGAUAUGAAGUAUGUUUGCCGUGGAAAAGUGGAUAUCCAGAGUUAGAAAGCAACAAAGAAUUAGCCACUAAGCGUUUGAUGUCAACUACAAAAAAUCUUAUUCGAUCAGGACAUUUAAGCGAAUAUGAUGAUGUGUUUAAUGAGUGGAUUCGAGAGGGAAUUAUCGAAAUUGUAAAUGAAGAUAAGAAUAAAGGACAUUAUUUACCUCAUCAUCCUGUAAUAAAGACUGGAGAUACAACUACAAAGAUUCGCCCUGUUUUCGAUGCCUCAGCAAAAGACUCUAAAGGAAAUUGCUUGAAUAAUUGCUUAGAAAAGGGUCCAAAUUUAUUAGAAUUAGUACCAAAAUUGAUAAUGCAAUUUCGCAAAAAUGCUAUUGGAAUAAUAUCAGAUAUUAAAAAGGCCUUCUUACAAAUCAGUUUGAAUCCAAAGGAUAGAGAUUAUUUUAAGUUUUUAUGGUGGAAAGAUUUUUCAAGAAGAGAGGAAUUGAUCACCCUGAGACAUUGUCGAGUGGUAUUUGGUGCUUCUCCUAGUCCAUUUUUACUUGAGGCAACGAUAACUCAUCAUCUAGAGAAUGUCUCAGAUGGAAGGAAGGAAACAGCUCGUCAACUUCAAAAAUCCUUUUAUGUAGAUAACUGCAUAACUAGCUUUGAAACUAGAGAAGAGGCAGCCAAAUUUAUUUCUGAAGCUAAAGAACUAAUGUCAGCAGCCAAAUUUGAUUUACGAGGUUGGGUUACUUCUGAAGAAAUUGUAGAAGAAACAAAAAAAGAGAUAUAUUCCAAUACUAGGACUUUCCUGGGAUACUGA